AUGCCCACGUACUUCUUCCGCAUUCCAUCGUUGCAGGUAUGCACAGUUUCUUUCUUCGGUGGAGGCACGCUCCUCCUAGGCAGCGGCCUCUGGGAUCUCAUGCGCUCCAGGCGCAACGCCGUUCCUGUGUUCAACAGCGCCACUGCCAUCAAGACAGAGGAGUCGGCGCGCUACCCGUGCGAAAAAAUCAAGGGUUUUGAUGUUGUCGUGCGCAGCUUUUACCUACCGGUAGCUGCCGAUACCGACGACUGCACUCCAGCCCCAGCGCUGUCUUUGCUGGCGCGGCUCCGCAGGUUUUCGGAUCUCUUCUCCAAUGAAACGCACCGUAUCGAUAGCGCUGAUCCAACCAACACAAUGGCAGCAGACCCGUCAGUUCGGUUGGUAGUACGGGAUGCCAAAGACUCAGUUGGCGGAGCCGACACAAGGCUCAUCGCAGCCGCGUACUGGCCACCGGGCACCUCCAAGUACGCUGCCCUGGUCCUGGAGCCCACCUCACGGACCAGCGUCGACUCGAGCGCUGCAUUGCCGGCGCAGUCGCGCUCGCUGCUGCGUCAGCUGGCUGACGGGGCUACCCACCAAUCUCUCUCCCGGUGCAACCCACGGUCCACGCUGCUGCACAUGGCUUGUGAGAGCGACCCGGCCUAUCUUGGUGCCCCCUACCUGCGUGUGCUCUUGAGCGCCUUCCUGCUGCUGCCGACCACCCUCUCGCAGCUGAACGUUGCGGUCCUCGGCGUAGGUGGGGGAUCGCUACCGCUGUUCCUCCAGCAGUAUUUCGCACCCCGGAUGCACCGCUGUGACUUUGUGGAUGUCGAGCCGAUGUGCAUCAAGGCAGCGGUAGAGCAGCUUGGGAUGAAGGAGCUGCUGAACACGGCGGCGUUGCGGUGCGAGGGCGGUGGAGUGCACUACUACCUGGAGGACGCCGUCGACUACCUGUCCCACCGAGUUGGCGCUGCCGACUGUCGAACAGGGUGGCCUUUGCAAGCCGGGUCUGAGAGACCAGCAGGGAGUGGAGAGGGCGCAUCUGCUGCUCCGCAUCACGGAACUCCCCUUUUCCGUGAUACCGUUCAGCCAACCCCCGCCGCGGCGCCGGCUACGAGCGCCAAGCGCCAGCGCCAACUCGACUUGCUGUUUGUGGACCUGUUUCUCGGCAGCGAACUCGACACGGCCGUUACAUCGCACGAAUUUCUGUGUCUGUGUCGCGGCUCUCUCUCCCUUCACGGGGUGGCCGCCUUCAACCUUCCGGCGGCGGACAAGCGGUUUGUGCAGCGCUGCAGCGAGGUGUUCGGCAGCGAUAACGUGUACCGUAUUCCCGUGCCGGCCAGCUCAAACGAGGUGGUGCUGGCUCGCGGCGGGGCAAAGAACAGCGGCGCCGUAGCCGACCCUCCGCACCUCUCGCACCGCCUCUUGUUUCGCCGGGCGCAGGAGCUGACGGCGCAGUAUCGUCUCCCCUACGACCUGGCCAACCACUACCCUAUAUGGUGGCGACUGUGGUAG